AAGUAAACAAUUAAACAACAACAACCAAGAACAUGUAUGACAAUCCAAUUAUUUAUAUUUUAGAAGCAAGAAUUCAAAGACAGCGUUUAAAAGACAUGCAAAAUUCAGCACGAAAAAGACAAAUGUCAAUAGCAGAGCAAUAUAGCUCAUCAGUGACUCAUAUUGUAACAGAGUUUGACAAUGCUGAUGCUGUUGCACGCAAACUUGGACUUGAAUCUGCCAGAUGUUUAAAUCAGAGACAAGUAGUGAAAUUGCAGUGGUUUGCAGAUUGCAUAAGGGCUGGCUGUAUAGUGCCAGUGGAUGAGCACCAUAAAGUGAAAUCUGGAGAAAAUAAUCAGUCUGUGAGAGAGGUAGCCCCACCAGUGUCUGCCCGUAUCCCUGACUAUGCCUGCCAGAGGCACACUCCUCUCCAGCAUCACAAUACCAAAUUCACGGAUGCAUUGGAAAUAUUGGAGAAGUAUGCAGAUCUAAGAUACGACGAUCAAGAUUACUCAAGAGCACUUGCGUUUCGGCGAGCGUCAUGUGUGUUGAAGUCCCUGUCACGGCCGUUGUCAAGGUUGAGUGAGAUACAGAAUGUGACCCACAUCGGGAGUCACAGUCAGAAGGUCAUACAGGAAAUUCUUGAAGAUGGCACAAGUGAAGAAGUGGAAAAAAUAUGUGCAGAUCCUUGGUUCCAGAAAAUGAAGUUGUUCACUGCAAUAUUUGGGAUAGGACCUGCACGAGCCAAGGAGUUCAUAGCCAAAGGCUGGAGCAGUAUACAGGAGGUACGGGAUGGAUGUACAUCAUCAGACUGGAGGAUCCAGUGGGGUCUUGCUUUCCAUGAGGACCUAACUACCCCUGUGACUAGGGCAGAGGCUGACUACAUUCUGGGGGUAGUCAGGCGCCAUGUGGACAGGGUGCUGCCUGGAGCUGUGAUGGAGCUUACUGGGGGAUUCAGAAGAGGAAAACAGACUGGUCAUGAUGUGGACAUAUUAAUCAUGCAUCCCUUAGAAAACAAAAUAAUAGGAGCUCUACCAAGACUGUUGCAGAGCCUACAGAGUCAUGACAUAGUGUUGUGUGGCCGCCAUGAGAGGAGUACAUACCACGAGGAACUACUGACACAGAAUACAAAGCUCUCGCCUAGAGGUCAGUUAGACCAUUUUGAGAAAUGGAUAGGUAUUAUUAAGGUGCCAAAUAAAAUACGAAUCAAGAAUGAUCAAAGUGAUAAAACUUCAUCUCAUCAACUUGGAAACAACAAAUGCAAUACAGACAUGAAAGAAAACAAGGACAAAUGUGAGAACAGAAACUUUCAAAGUGACAAGAACACUGAUUCAUGUAAGAGAGAUGUAGGAAAUGAGUCAGUCUUAUAUCAAAGACAGGAAGAUACUCUAGACUCUGGCUCGGCUAUCUCAGAUUCAUUGGAAGAUGUGUGGGAAAGCUUGGAUAAAGCAUCGUCAUCCUCUAGCCCAAGUCAUGGCAAUCCAAGGGAGGUAAAAGCCAGCCAGGGAGACUGGAUUGCAAGAAGGGUUGAUCUCAUUAUCUCCCCUUUCAGUCAGUUUUUCUAUGCACUGGUAGGCUGGACAGGUAGUAAGCAGUUCAACAGGGACGCGCGCACCUAUGCUGAACGAGAGAUGAACAUGAAACUCUCCAGUCAUGGCCUGUACGACUUCAAUCAGGGGAAGCAGCUUGUGGCCAGUAGCGAGCGUGAAGUGUUUGACAACCUGAAGCUGCCUUACUUUGAACCUCAGGAUAGAAACUGCUGAUAAAUGUUGCCUCUGUGCAUCAAAAUAUAAAGUGUUCUAACACCAAACUCUGCUUAUUUUUAUUAUGCAAAGAAGGAAAUCAAGUGUUGGCUUUUUUGCAAUGUUCGUGGUGGUUUCCUAGGUUUUGCAAAAUGUUCUGAUGAAUCCAGGGAAAUUGAACAGUGAAAUGCACAGGCUCAAACGUACCUUAUCAAAAUUUUAAAACCUUGACAUCUUGGAUAAAUGUGAUGCAAACAAAGUUUGAUAUAUUGUGAUAAAAUAUAUAAUAUAAUUUAUACAAAACUUGAGUUCUUAAAAUUUAUAACAGUUUUGAGCUUUUUCGUAGCAUUAUGCAUUCACUAUAGUUUUGCUUUGUUUGGGGUUAUAUUAAACUUUUUAAUUUAUUACUAAAUCAUUUGACAUCAUUUGUUUCAUUUUUCUUUAGUUUAAUUGUGAGCAUAUUGUUGUAAGGGUUAGAUGACAUAAUUAAAACAUGGGGAUCAAUUAACGUCAUAGAAAGAUGUGUAUAAUUUUGAAAAAAUAGUUCUCGUGCAAUAACUUUAAAUGUUCAGAGGACAAAUAAUAUCAUGUUAGAAUCAAAAUAAUACAUUUUAUACCAUAAUUUGCUGUAGAAUAACCCACAGCCAGGGGUAUAGAUGCUUAACAUUCCUGAUUUAAUUCCAACACAUUUAUUCUCCUUACUGUUAUUCCACAAAAACUAUUAACUAAAAUUGUGAAUUCUUAAUAAAGAAAUUAUUAAGUU